AUGAUGCUGUGGACAGUGGUACAAGAGGGAGCAAAUAGUAAACUCAUUUCUCUAAUGCUUUUUUAAUAGGGUCACCCUGCUCCAUAUAAAACCGUUUCAGCCCGAGCAGGAACACCAUCCACAAUAUUGCGACUUCCAGCCAGUGUUUUUCAGGAUGUUUUCCAGAAGUACCCUGAAACUCUUGUCAGAAUGGUACAGAUCAUCAUGGUGAGGCUCCAGAGAGUGACAUUCUUGGCUUUGCACAACUAUCUUGGCCUGACCACCGAGCUCUUCAAUUCUGAGAGCCAGGCCAUUCCAUUGAUAUCUGUGGCAAGUGUAACAUCAGGAGGAAGUUCAAACAAAGACGUGAAAAGACAACUGUCUAAUGUAUCGGAGGAGGAACAGGGAGAAAAGUUGGAGAAAGCAGGGGAUACCUCAGAAACAGACACAGUGAAGACUUCAGGUACAGAGAAUUCUGAGAAUCUUCUCAAAAGAAGAGUUUCUUUGACAUCCUCUUCUGGAUCAGCAGAGGCUCUUGGUAGCUCCAGUGGCACUAAAUCAGACUUGGAUAUGGCGUACGAGAGAGCCAGGGUGCAUUUCACACCAGAUGAAACUCCGACCAGUCCUGUUGUGAGCAAGUCUAUAUUGAAGAAGACUGUGACCGUGACACACACUCCCUCUGCGGUUUUCCAUUACAUAGAGGGUGACCUAGCUGCGCCAGACUCCUGUGCCGGCAAACAAAUUGACGUCAUCUUCGAAGCUGCUAAGAAAGACCUUUUAACAUUGAUGAAACUCAAUGAUCCCUUGUUGCUGAAGGGUAAAGUAACAUUGCAUCAAGUUACGGCUGGGACUGUGGUAUCAAGGCAGGGAGACCAGGAUGUCAACAUCUGGUUUGUGAUCUCGGGUUUGCUUCAUGUGUACCAGCGGAAGAUAGACUCUGAGGAGGAGACCUGUCUAUUCAUCACCCAUCCAGGAGAAAUAGUAGGCCAACUAGCUGUCCUUACUGGGGAACCUCUCAUUUUCACCAUCAAGGCCAAUCGAGACUGCAUGUUCCUGUCCAUUUCCAAAUCCCAUUUCUAUGAAAUAAUGCGGGUGCAGCCAAAUGUAGUGCUGGGUAUGGCCCACAGUGUUGUAAAGAGGAUGUCCUCAUUUGUGAGGCAGAUUGACUUUGCCUUGGACUGGAUGGAAGUGGAGGCUGGACGAGCUGUUUACAGGCAAGGUGACAAGUCAGACUGCACAUACAUUGUGCUGAAUGGUCGACUUCGUUCUGUCAUUAGGAUGGAUGAUGGGAAAAAACAACUGACUGGUGAAUAUGGACGAGGAGACCUAAUUGGGGUGGUGGAGGCAUUAACCCAUCAGCCUAGAGCCACAACAGUACAUGCAGUCCGAGAUUCUGAACUGGCCAAGCUACCAGAGGGAGCACUGACAUCAAUCAAACGCAAAUUCCCACAGGUUGUGACUAGACUGAUCCAUUUGCUGGGUGAGAAGAUUCUUGGCAGCCUUCAGCAGGGGGGUCAUCCUCUUGGAUUACAUACCACUGGCAGCCAGUGGGAUGCUGGAAACCCUGCUAACAACCUCUCCACCGUAGCAAUCAUGCCAGUGUCUGAAGAGGUACCACUUACUGCCUUUACUUUGGAGCUCAAACACGCUCUCAGCACUAUUGGUCCUGCUUUGCUGCUCACCAGUGAUAAUAUCAAACAGCGGCUUGGUUCUGCUGCACUAGACAGUAUCCAUGAGUACAGGCUAUCUAGCUGGCUGGGGCAGCAGGAAGAUAUUCACCGUAUUGUGCUCUACCAGUCUGACAGCACCCUUACUCCUUGGACACAGCGCUGUAUCCGACAGGCAGACUGCAUCUUAAUAGUAGGGUUGGGAGAACAGGAGCCUACUGCUGGAGAGCUAGAAAGGAUGCUGGAGAACACAGCAGUCCGAGCCCAGAAGCAGCUGAUCCUGCUCCAUAAAGAGGAUGGGCCUCUCCCUUGCCGAACUGUGGAGUGGCUCAACAUGAGAAGCUGGUGCUCAGCUCAUCUUCACCUCCGCUGUCCUCGUCGAGUCUUCUCCAGGAGGAGUCUGCCCAAGCUGAUAGAAAUGUAUGAACGAGUAUUUCAGAAACCACCAGACCGUCACUCUGACUUCUCUCGACUAGCCCGUGUUUUGACUGGAAAUGCUGUGGCCCUAGUGCUUGGAGGUGGUGGAGCCAGGUAAGUCCCAUAAGGUCGUUCUGUGUAC